AUGGAGUUCAUGAGGGGUGACAUCAACGAAUUUAUUGACAACAUUGCGGGAUACAAGUCAACGAUCUCUGUUGGAUUGGGUACUAUCACUAUGCAUUCUUCCAAGGUGUCCGAACGAGUCCUGCAGGAGUACAAUGAAAUGAUACAGGACACGGCCUAUAACCUAGACAUUCACCUGCGACGGAUUGACGAAAAAUUGGCACGUCUCAUGACCCAAGAUGACAAUGCCUCAGAUGUGAGCAUUAAUCUGGAGGAUGAGAGGGAGGUGACGAAGCAGUGUCUUCGCAUCUGCCAAGAUGCGAAGACUUUCAUCGAAACUCUAACACAAAGGGAGUCUGCCGUGCUGCAAGAGGCCCCGCGAAAUAUCACCCAAGCCGAUGUGGAGAACCUCUUCGAAGCUCAGCUGCUGACGCGCCAAACUUUGGAUGAAAACAGAGCUGGUUUUACGGACAUCAUCAGCCGCCUUCAGGAACGGCUGGAUUCCCUACUGACAAACAGGGACCGAAACGACAAGGAGCGAAUGGCACUACAGGAAGAUAUUCAGAUUUCAAGACAAUGCUUAGAAGUGUGCAACAUGGCCAGUGAAGUCUCUCGACAGAAAGUCUACAGGAUUGGAGAGGUGAUUGCCGAUGGCGACAGUGAUCAGGUAGUGGUGACUACUCUAGCUGAUUUAUUUGAUAUUAAGAAAGCCCUGUCCAAAGGUAAUUCGGCACAAUUAGUUGGCUCAAUGACAGAAGAGGCUCUUCGAAACCUGACCGACAAGCGCUACAGCAGCCGCUUUGCUGCAGUUGCCACACCGUCUGCUAAGGUUGCCACUCCAAGCUCUCCUUCCACCCCUGGGGCGCAGAAUGUCAAGCCUCCAGUUGGCAUUAGCGAAGGGGGGCUUCCUCAACCUCAACGAUCGGGGACAAGACGGAAUAGACCGUCUUCAAAUGAGAUGAGAAAACGGGCUGUGACUGGUAUGGCGAAGAGCGAUGACGACGAGUAA